AUGAUUCAAACAAAGUUGAAUCAAGUGAUUGCUGGAAUUAGAUUUGAUCAUGGAACUGAGUUUGAAAACUCAAAAAUCGAUCAAUUCUGCAUGAAAAAUGGCAUUAGCCAAAAAAUUUCUGCUCCAAGAACUCCUCAACAAAAUGGAGUAGUGGAAAGGAAAACAGAACCUUGUAUUCAUGUUGUGUUUGAUGAAGAUGGAAGUUUGAAAGGUGCUGCAUCAAAUGAUGAAGAUGAGUUGAUUGAGCUGUUUAAUUCACAGAAAAUUGUAGAAAGUGAAGCUGUUGUAAAUGAUCAGUUGAGGAAUGACAAUGAUAAUGAUAAUCACAGCCUCUUUGAAAAGGCUGAUGAAGUUGAAAAAUGUGAAGAGGGAUCUGGUACCAUUCUGAACUCCAGUCAGAAUUCCUCAAACUCUCCAGAAAAUGAUGAUUUCUUUGAAGAAGAAGAACAUACUAAUCAGCUGAACCAGUUGACCUUUAGACCAGGAUGGAAACAUAGUUUAUCACAUCCACUUGAUAAUCUUAUCUCACCUUUGAAUUCUGGAUUUCACACUAGAUCAAAAACAAGAAAUCUAGCUGCAUUCUUAACGAUUAUAUCAUCUAUUGAGCCUAAGAAUGUGAAAGAAAACAAAUCUAGAUUAGUUGUUCAAGGAUACAAUCAGGAGGAAGGAAUAGACUAUGAUGAAACUUUUGCUCCUGUUGCAAGGAUGGAGGCUAUCAAAAUUCUAAUAGCUUUUGCAGUAUUCAUAGGAUUCAAGCUAUAUCAAAUGGAUGUCAAGAGUGCUUUUCUAAAUGGAGACUUAAAGGAGGAGGUGUUUGUUAAACAACAUCCUGGGUUUGAGGAUGCUGAGUCACCAGAUCAUGUGUUCAAAUUAAAUAAGGUAUAUGUGGAUGACAUAAUCUUUGGAGCAACAUCAGAGCAUUUGUGUGAAGAAUUUUCGUCAUUAAUGGGAAAGGAGUUUGAGAUGAGCAUGAUGGAUGCUGAUUUUGCUGGUUAUCAAGUUGACAGAAAGAGUACUUCUAGAAUGGCCCAUUUCCUUGGAUCUUCACUUAUUUCAUGGGGAACUAAGAAACAGAAUUUUGUAGCUCUUUCAACAGUCGAAGUUGAAAUGUAG